AUGCAGACCUUCAUUAAAAAGUUCAAUGACCGCUCUCGGAAGCCACCUUCCGUCAAGAAUCAAGAAUUCCUUAUCUUCUCCCCACUUCCCCGCUUCCCCAUCCCUCCGAGUCCCAUCUCCCCCCAAACGGAACCAGUAAACACUAUAAUGUCUGAUGGUCAAGAGCGACGAGCAGAAAGUACCCCCUCACCCCUCGAGGGAGACCAAUUUACAAACGAAGCUCACACCCUCUCUUCGAUAGGCCAGGAACUCUUCGGAUUCGAGUCGCCAGUGUCUGUUUCCUCUGAUGAAGUAAUGACCCACAGCUGGUAUGGCGAUGUUUCGCCAUCCUACUCGCACGGCAACAAUUCAGACAUCAACAAGGAAGAGGAUGAGGAAAAGGAGUCAGUCGCCGAUGAUGCGGACCCCGUGGUGUUCAAUUUUGGUGAUGCGCGGGAUCAAGCAGCCUUGAAUAAAAUGGAAAAUGUUGUCCUUGGCUGGCUGCAACGAAUCACCUUCUUACAGCAAUCCGGCUUACGUGAAUCAACCGGAGGUCGACCUGGUUUUGAUCUGGGUUUGCCCAGUGUACUGUUUCCGACGCGCCGGGGACAGGAUUGUGUUGGAUCCACAUUAAAGGAAUCAAAGGAUAUUGCCAAAAUGUUUUCCAUCAUGUCGCUCUCACAAGGUGCAAUUUUGGACCAGAAGAUCUUGACGUACCGGGAUGUGCUUCAAAGUGACGCGGGGCUCUUUGAAAGUCGAGCAGAGGUUACCCGAGUCGUCAAUGAUCUGGCCGCCAAGCUUGAGCUCACCUGCGAGGAACUUCACGUUGUCGGAUCAGUUGAACGCUUCUUUCCAGAGUCUGGUCGAUUGAACAUCCAGCAAAUGAAGGGUGUCCUUUCCGCAUACAAGAUCCCGUUUAAUGAUGAUGAUGGGAGCGCAACUCUUGUGCCCCUUUACGAGGCGCUCAAAAAGUCCAAGACGGGUGUUACCCCGGCCGGAGAAAACCCGAAGAACGGUGAUAGCUUCUUAGGGAAACCCGGCAAUUCGGCGGUCAAUUCGCAGCCGGACGGGAUCCAGGGUCGGUCGAUCUCAAGUCAAGAAGCCUCGGAUCUCACGACCGACAAGGCCAGUGAAGAAUGA